UUCCGGUCGAUGUAGAAUUCUCACAACAUCAAGCUGGAGCUGCGAUUGUAAGCUAACGCUAGCUACAUCUAUUGUCAAUCAAUUUUAACAACACAAGCAGAGGAAAAACAUGUCAGAUACGGAGACAAAACCAACCAGCCAAGACGGGGGCGAUAAGAAGGAUGGAGAGUACAUUAAAUUAAAAGUGAUUGGCCAGGACAGCAGCGAAAUUCACUUUAAGGUUAAAAUGACGACACAUCUGAAGAAGCUGAAGGAGUCUUACAGUCAGAGACAGGGUGUCCCAGCAAGCACGCUAAGGUUUCUGUUUGAAGGACAGAGAAUCGCAGACAACCAAACUCCGAAAGAGCUGGGGAUGGAGGACGAGGACGUCAUCGAGGUUUAUCAAGAACAGACUGGCGGACUUUGGAAUGAUUAAACUCCUGCAUUUCUAAUUUUUUUUUUUUCUUCUUAUUUUGUAUUUUAUUUUGUAUGUAUGUACGUAUUUUUGUUCAGUUUCAAACCAUCUGGAUCAAAAGCGACUCUUAUCAGGGCUUCCAUAUGUGAGGGUGUGAACAGACUGAGGCGAGGAAGAGGACAGUGGGUCUCUGGUUCUCUGAAGUGCAGGGAUGCUCAUGCUGUUGACCCGAGCAAUAGCAUUCAACGUGAGUGUUACACCCAAAUAUACAUAGACAAACAUUA